UGAGUUUCGACGUGUCUGGGACAGAUUAGAGGCGGCGGCGAGCGGGCGGCGAGUUUUGCGGGCGAGGCGGCGGCAGGAGGAGGGCGAGCCCCAGAAGGAAGGAGCGAACGCGUUGGCUGGCUGGCUGGCUGGCGCCGGACUCGACUGCUGUCCGCGCCCCCGAGCGAAGCCAGGUUAGCCUUGCUCCAGCGCCGAAGCCAGGCGGCAGCUCCAGGGCGCAGCGCAACGGCGGCGGCUCCAGGGGGAUUCCUGGCCGGGUGCAGCCAGCGAGAGGAAGUGGCUCGUGAGCUCCCGACCAGAACAAUGCUGAAGAGGAAGGGAGGGGAGAGGACCGGCCUACCAGCCAAAGUUUGAAAACAGGUGAACGGCAGAGGAGCGGAGGGGAAGGAAGAGAUUUGUCACUGCUGUGGGGGAGGUGAGCAGAGGCGCCGGGAAGAGCCUCCUCUCGGCUCUCUGGAGGUGGAUCCUGGCUGGGCAGCGGCUGAACCAUGGCUACGAAUUUCAACGACAUUGUCAAACAGGGAUACGUGAAAAUGAAGAGCAGAAAAUUGGGGAUUUACCGGCGCUGUUGGCUCGUGUUCCGGAAAUCUUCCAGCAAAGGCCCCCAGCGGCUGGAGAAGUAUCCAGAUGAGAAGUCGGUGUGCUUGCGUGGAUGUCCAAAGGUCACCGAGAUCAGCAAUGUGAAAUGCAUCACGAGGCUGCCAAAGGAGACCAAGCGGCAGGCGGUGGCAAUCAUCUUUACAGAUGACUCGGCUCGGACGUUCACCUGUGAAUCUGAGCUGGAGGCUGAGGAGUGGUACAAAACUCUGUCCAUCGAGUGCUUGGAAGCACGGCUCAAUGACAUCAGCCUGGGAGAGCCAGACCUGCUGGCACCUGGGGUGCAGUGUGAGCAAACAGAUCGGUUUAACGUCUUCCUCCUGCCCUGCCCCAACUUGGACAUCUACGGAGAAUGCAAGCUGCAGAUCACCCAUGAGAACAUUUACCUUUGGGACAUGCACAACCCCCGCAUCAAGCUCGUCUCCUGGCCCUUGUGUUCACUGCGUCGCUACGGACGAGAUGCCACACGGUUCACCUUUGAGGCUGGCCGCAGGAUGUGUGAUGCCGGUGAAGGGCUGUACACCUUUCAGACCCAGGAGGGUGAACAGAUCUACCAGAGGGUGCACAGCGCCACCUUGGCCAUUGCCGAACAGCACAAGCGCGUCCUGCUGGAAAUGGAGAAAAAUGUGAGGCUGUUGAACAAGGGCACUGAACACUACUCCUACCCCUGCACACCCACCACCAUGUUGCCGCGCAGCGCCUACUGGCACCACAUUACUGGGUCGCAGAACAUUGCAGAAUCCUCAAACUAUGGUGGUGACACAUACUCGGGACCCCAGGCCAGCUCAGAGACUGACCUCCUGAACCGUUUCAUCUUACUGAAGCCAAAUGCUCCCAAAAGUGGAAAGAAUGACAACAAAGAUCCCAGCUCAGCUUCACAGUGACGCAGCUCUGGGUGGAGAGAGAGAGACCCAGGCAGGGUGCCGGCUCAGCCCAAGAGCACAGUUGCUCAGCAGUGAAGAUUUUGUGUACCAGUGCCCAUUCCUGCCUUUUCACGAGGGGCCCUGAGGUUUGGGGACAGCUUUUUUGCUGUGGGGAAAAAGGUGCAGAGUUUGCACAGAGGUAGCCCCAAGGAGAACGUUCCGAGCCACGGAGCUGGACCCUGGCAUCCUGAAACCUCAGCCAAGCAGGCAUACUCCGGCUAGGCCCAGGAAGAGAGCAAGAGCCUGGAUGUGAGGAGGAGGACUAGCUAUAUAUUGUUUAAACUAUUUUAAAUAUAUAAUAUUGGUUAUGCAUAUUCUAUAUAUCAAGAGAUUACCCACACACACACACACAUGAAUGCACAUUUCUUAGCCAUCAUGGCAAGAUUUUUAAAUGGUUGGACUGUGGGAUGGUUUGUUCUUUGCCUUCCUUCCAUAGGGGCCACACCUGCAAGCUCAAAAGGAAGAACUUUCAGCCACGACAGAAAGAAGUCUUCCCAAAUCAUAGCAGAAGGGUCAGGUUGUCUCGUGGACAAAACCAUGUCAUCUCCUAGAGACGUGAGGGGACGGGUAAGGGUUGUUGUUGCUGACACAGGCCUCCCGAAGUAGGCCUUUCUGCAGAACCACCGGACAGUCUCCUCUCUCAGUGGAUCAGUUGCUGCAGACUUAGACCACAGGAGGCCAAAAAUAAACCCGCCCUUGCCGCAACAAUCCUGCUGGCAGAAAUGAGAGUGUUUGUUCCCUUUAAAAAAACACAACAUUUGGGAAGUUUGCAAAUCUAAAAACAGAACAAAGUUUUCUCUUCUCUGACUACACUGACUGCACACAAAAACACAAUAGACCUUUGUGAUGAUGUCUCAGGAGAAGCCGCCAGUUUCCUUUCUGGGCUGUGACUUCUGCACAAGCUUCCUUCCCUCUGGCCUUCCGAGGAGGCCCAAGUGCUCUCCCUCGUCCUCUCUCGCUCUCUUUCAGUGUGGGCUGCCUGCUCAAGGCAAUCUGGGCCUGUGAAGUCUGCGCAGGGCACGCAAUGAAGGUGUUUCACAUGUGGAUAUUUAUUGACAGCUCAUUAGCUGCAAGGGCUGGGCUGACCCUCCCUUUCCAAUGUGGGUGCUAGAUUAUAGAUGUAUACGCACAAGCCGCCUCCAGACAAGGGCAGUUCCAAAUGGAUGUUGUGAGAGUUGGUGGGGGAAAAUAAUUUGGGGCUGCUUUGUCUACCAUUGGCUUGUCAAAAAGGUCUUGGCUACAUUCCACUAGGGAAGCUGCUGUCGCCCUCAGUCCUACCCCCUCCCGCCAAUAAUCUGCCCCAGCCUUUGCCAGCCUGAUAUCCUCCAGAUGUUUUGGACUACAGCUCUCAUCAGGCCUGGCCAUCACAGCUGGAUUCCUGCAAUGAGCUGGGGGUUGGACUCAACGGCCUUAUAGGCCCCUUCCAACUCUAUGAUUCUAUGAUAGACCAAACCAGCUGGAGAGCACUGGGUUGCUGAAAGCUGAUCUACCCACAGAAACAAAGACAAGUGUUCUGGGAGGGUCUGGCGCUAAACCUUCCAUCCUCAUUUUAUGUCCUAAAGGGCCUGUCACACAACCUGUUCCUGCCCAGCGUUCUGUACAAAAUGGAAGUCGGUUCAAACCUUCACUCGACUGACUGGAGACAAUCAAUUGGGCGCCAAGGCUUUUGCUUCCCCAAGGAAGGCUCACCCCACCCCACUGGGGGAAGCUGUUCCUCUCUUUGUCAGGGUUGAAGGUGGUCAGCCAUGGGGUUGCCAAAUUUUUACCUAGCCCCUGCUCUUCCGCCUCUGAUAGUAACUUGAUCUGCAGGCAUUAGCUGGUGAUACUGCUUCCAUCAAUGCUUUGAAGCACUUCACCUGCUGACAUUUCCGGAUCAGGCUGCUGGCAACUCAGUUUCCCAACCUCCUCCAGGCCUGCCAUUCCACAGGCCAAUGCCUGACCCAGGAUGGCAUUUAUUCUUUUCCUGCUCCCCUCUUCGGUCAUUCGUACUUCCCACCACCCAACCCCACACGCACCCUGGCCCAGAAAUCAGUGAAACGCUUUUCACAGAGUGGCUGGUUUUUUUCCUAUGCUGAAAUUUUUUUAAAAAGCAAUUGAUUUUCUAGGUUUACUAUUUAUUGAAUAACUUUUAGAAGGGCUAUCUUUUUAUUGUAGUACGAACCUUGGUACCGUGUAGUUUUGUGUUGUUGGGUUUUUUCCUCCCUUUGUUUUUAAAAUGCUGGAGAUCCAUUAUACAAUCUUGUGCUCUGUUAUGUGUAAAUAACUGUUUCUGGACCCUGUCUCUGCACAGGAAGGAAGAGGAAAGCCUCCAAGGACCCCUGCAGGGGUGGAGUGGGGGAGGCCGCAAAAAAGGGUCAGCAACUGUCCACACUGCCUUGCUCCACCUUCAGUUCCAGUUCAAAGAUAACAUUUUAAGCAUGGAUGGCUGGGGGGAGGAUGAAAGACCCGCAAGACUACUGAUCCCUGGAGAUAUUUGCCCUCAGUAUUUAAGAUCUGGGAUUUAAGGACCCAGUGCCUGUGCUUGGUUAGUCAACACUAUCCCCAGCGAGUGCUCCAGGACAUAGGAAGCUGCCUGAUGCUGAACCAGAUCCUUGGCUCAUCUGCGCAGCUCAGUCUGGACGGGCAGCAGCUCCCCAGCAUUUCAGAGAGGCCCUUCCAGGAGCUGCCAGGGAUUGAGCCUGGGGCCUGUUGCAUGCAAGGGAGCUGCUCUGCCAGUGAGCUGCGGCCCCUUCCCCGAGGCUGUCCUUGAGAGCCCCCUUAAUGAUGUCACCCACGUUUAACCAGCCCUGUAGCCGUCCCUGUAGUUCGGGGUUGAGCCAGCAGGUGUCGCUGGACUUUGAGCCCUUCAUCUCUCACCAGUGGCCCAGCUGGCUGGGGCUGAUGGGAGAUGGAAGUCAAAUUACAGCGGAGGGCGGGGGUGGCCCAGGUCCCACCUGCCUGCUAUGGCUGCAUCGUGUUUCCACAGCCUGCUUCUCCUUGAGGUUUGCUACUAGGGUUGCCAAGUUC